CUUUAUUUGAGCUGCCACUAGACCUUUUAUUUCCAGUUUCAUCAAGUUCGCAUACAUUUACAGCACCUCCAGGGCUAGCCAAUAUCAACUUUUCAUUACCACUUAAUCCAAUUUUAUCAGGAUUGCCACUAAAUCUUAUGUCUCCGGGACCAUCCCAGAAUCCUAUGUCUACAAUAUUUCCAGAACCAAUCGAUAUAAAUUCUCCUGUUGAUUUUUUAUCACCUUUGGUCAAUUUAAGUAGCAAUCAUCAGCCUUCUGACUUAAACGAUGAUGGAAUUAUUACUGACACAGAUUCAGAAGAAAGUGAGAAUUCAAUAAUUACUUCAGAGUUAAAUA